AGUGAUUCGUAAGGCAGCGUUCCCGCGCGACGCACGCACGCUCUCUUCUUUACCGACCGCACGAUACAUACGACGAACUUAAAAAUUAACUAUAUCAACAGUACCCAAAUUAAAUGUGACAUUCGAUAAUCUCCUGACAUUUAAAUUAAAGUAGUUUUUACCGUGACUUGGUUUUUUAAGUGAAGUGAGUUGCUAAAAAAUAUUGGUGGUCAGUUUAUUUAAACAAUUGAAAGAUUUUUCUCGUAAAGCGACAUGUUAAUAAUUAAGUGAGAGUUUCAAAAGUUGUUGGAACAAAUUGACUGUGGAUACAAGAUGUGAAGCAUGGAGGAAGCGGAGUGCCUCAAUUGCAGCAUUUACGCUGACCUCAACGACACACUCGAUUACGGCAAUGCCUCUCACAUCAACAAGUUCUAUUUUUAUCAGACAGCUCAGGUAGCAGUCCUAUGGUUGAUGCUGGUGGCGAUCGUGGCGGGUAACGCCACGGUCAUCUUGGCGCUCCUUCUCACCAAGACAAGGAAGAGCAGAAUGAACUUCUUCAUCAUGCAGCUAGCCAUAUCUGAUUUAUUAGUUGGGUUAAUUAGUGUACUACCAGACUUAAUUCAUAGAAUAACAAUAACAUGGCUUGCGGGAUCUAUAGCGUGCAAGUUAGUUAAAUAUUUACAGGGUGUAGUUACGUAUUCGUCUACGUAUGUGUUGGUCGCACUAAGUGUCGACAGAUGUGACGCCAUAACACAUCCGAUGAACUUCUCUGGUAGCUGGAGAAGAGCUCGUGCUUUAAUACUGGGAGCGUGGUUUAUUAGUUUUCUUUUCUGUGUACCAAUGUUGAUUCUAUUCGACGAGGCGGACGUUGGUAUGCUCCAAUGCUGGUUGGACCUCAGUAAAACACAAUGGAGGAUAUGGAUGACGAGUAUUUUUUUGUCUCUCUUCGUGAUACCGGCCCUUAUAAUAGCGGCCUGUUACGGGGUUAUAGUGGUCACCAUAAGACAUAAGAGUCAAAGGGUUCUGGGCAGAAGGGCCACCGUUACGAAACAAUACAGUGACGAUCUGGACACCCGCCGCGCUAGCAGCCGCGGUAUUAUACCGAAAGCUAAAAUCAAGACUGUCAAGAUGACAUUUGUUAUCGUUUUCGUGUUCGUCCUGUGUUGGUCUCCGUACAUGAUCUUCGAUAUACUGCAAGUGUACGGAUAUGUGCCCGACACACAAGAUAAUGUAGCUAUCGCUUCGCUUAUCCAGAGCCUUGCUCCUCUCAACUCAGCAGCGAACCCUGUUAUCUACUUCAUAUUCUCUAGCAAAAUAUUUUUAAGUCUCAGGAACAUCCCACCAUUCAAGUGGUUUUGGUGUUGGAUGAAGUCAAGUGAAAGCCCCAUAGGGAACGAGUCCCGGGCACACACGGAGAUGCUGACAUCAUCGCACAGGAGGACUCGGCGGGACAUUACUGUCAAGGUAAAAGAACAAGAGAGCAUAAAGUUUCCAAAGCAACGAAUUCAUCAGUCCAACAGCACAAACUCCAGAAAGGUUCGCCUCCACCUUCCAGAAGAUCACCAGAUGAACAACAAUUGCCAUCCUCACAGACGAGACGACACGUUCUUGUAGUGUACAAUCAAUUAUGACUUAUCACGUGUGCAGUAUUUUAUAUAUGACACAACAGUAUUAAUAUCGAAAGUUCCAAAGAAUUAAGAAUAAAAACAAUACGAAUGAUGGCUAUUUUUUUUAUCUGUACGUCAAGUAGAUUAUUGAAAAAAUCCACUAGCCAGAUACCUCGAGAUGGGAUGGGUAAAUUUUUACCAGUUUAAUCACAGCAGAACUCAAUAUUUUUAACAAAAAAGACAUAUUUGCGUCUACAAUUUAUUCAUAAACUAGCUGAUCUGACAGACGUCGUCUUUUUGCAGCACGCAUUCUGUCUACUUUCUAUUUUAUGUGAAACGUCAUAAGGUUACAUAAAAAAGUUUUUAUUAUCCAAAGUACUAAGGUUAGAUUAGAAAUAAUUUUAUGUGGUGGUUAAAUAUUCUUAAAUUUUCAAUAUUUCCACUCAUUUUUCAAUUUUUUUUUAUAAAAACCUUCUCCUGACAUUAAAAAACACAACAAAAACAGAAUUAGCGAAAUCCGUUCUCGUGUGAUGGCGUGAUCAAGCGAAAUAGGGAAAUAUCUCCAUCACCUUUACGAAGAUCGUUUGAUUUAGUUUCUUUUUUUAUUGUUAGUUACUCCACUACAGGCUGUACUCAUUUGUCUACGGGGCCUUCAACCCGAAUUUAUAAAUGUAAUCAAGGGACUUUGCAGCCAUUUGGAGGCCUCUCAGAACCUGAGGCCUGGGGCGCCCCUGAACUAAGUCUACCGAAUUGCAACCACAGAUACCAGAUUUUUAGUAAUCGUGUUAUUAUUGGAACAGGUAGUUUUUCCCAAAUCUCGUCGUAUAAAGCAGCUAUACCACAUUUGGUAAACAAAAGAGUCUUUUAAAAAGUCAGGGUACAUUGGAGAGUAUUUAAGUGCAUUUGCCACCCGCGUUUUGAACAGCCGUCGUCGGGCAGGUCAUUGUGGAUGAAGCCAACACACCCCUAGCAUACAACAUUAUUAAGCAUACAACAGUUGUGAUAGUCAAAUUCGUAACUUUUAAAGUCACAAUCGCUUUUGGAAUUAAUGAUGAUUUUAAUUAUUUUUAUGUCACACACAAUUCAUUUCAUUUGACAUUUCCCAAUACCUUUCAAAUAUAUUUGUAACUAUAACUUUGUUGUCUAAUUCAGAUUAACUUCAAAUAAACCUUAUCGUUCAUUCAAAUUCUUUCAAAAAACUUUGCGAUCACAAUAGGGAAUAUGCACAUUUUUGGAAAAUGUUUUUAUAUGAUAAUUUACAUCAAUUUAUAACUAAAAAUAUACCCGGUAUCGAAAUACUAAAAUUUUGUAAGAUUUAAUAAUUGAUGAAAAUAAAUAAUAGCUACGAGCAGUUUAAACACCGGAAUUUUUGGCGCGCUCGUCGUGACGUCAAAGUACACGACUGGAGAUGUGACAUUUUAAAUCAAUAUGGAUUUUGAGUGAUCGAUUAUUAUUCAAUUACCCAAAUCGAUUAGAAACUCAUCAAUUUUUUAAAGUAUAAUGGACUUUUUUAAUAAAUAAUAUAAUUUACCAAAUUGGUGAAAUACAAAUAAAAGCCUAAUACAUUAUUUAAAUUGUAAUCAGUUGUUUAUUUUGCGACAUAAUACAUUGAUGUUAUUGCAUCGAUGUUAACUUUUUGUAACAACGACAUCCCUAUACGUGUACAUUUUCGUCACAUCCGCUCUGACAAGUGGCUUGGCGUUUAAAUAUUUUCAAGUUACCGCAUUUAUUUUGCACUUUUUAAUAAUUAUUUUCAAGACGAAAACGAACUAAUGUUGAAUAAUAUUUACAAGACUUUAUUUUGAAGCAAUAACGAUCGUAAUAAAAUAUAUUUUACCGUUUUUUGAAUCAGACGCAUAUUCCCUAUUGCUAUCACAUGUCUAAUAGUUGUAGAGUAAAAUUUGUGAAUAUCUUUCAAAUGUAAAACUCAAAUUGAUUGUAAUAGAUUUUAGAAUUAUACAAUUAGGCCACUGUUUUGUUUGCGUUUUUUUUACAGUCACAAGCAGUCACAAGCAGUAGGUACUGAGUAAGAUAUCGAUAGUUAAAGAUGUUAUUGAAGAAUAUUACGUUAAUGCAUGCUGCUUAAAAGUAAGACAUUUAUACUCUUUGACCUCUUUUGUAAAUUAUAUUUUAUGCAAUAAUUAAAUGAUUGAUUCAUAUACUGUUACACAUUUUCAAUUUUGAUCCAUUAACAGAAAUGUUCUUAAUUCUAAAUCAUCCUUUGUUAGUUUAUGUAGUAACUAAUGUAUAAUUAUGUGAUUUGUCAGUAUAAUAUUUGUGCCAGUAAUUAUUUACAUAGAAAAUUGGGUUAUAUGUAAACCUGUUUCCCUAAGUAAACUAUUUCGAUUCGUAGUAUUGAGAAUAACCUAAAUAGAAACUACUCGAAAUCGAGGAAUUAAAUUAGAGAGCCUACGAAGCAACAGUUAUAAUUACAAGAACGCGAAAGGGCUUUGAAUAUUUUGAUUGUUCGAAAAGUUUGUCUACUGCAAAAUUUAUUCACUGUAUUGAGAAUAUCCUCGAUAAUAUCGUCUCGCUUUCUCUUAAUUGUAAUAUAUCUUUACAUGCUCAACACACCAAAGCUUUUUUGCGUUUGUAUUGUGCAGCAAUUUGAAUUCAAAAAGUCUCAUCUUAUAUACAUAGAAUGGCUGUGUUAUAUUUUUGUGAAAAUAUUUGUUUUUCAAAAUAGCAGCAAAAUCUUAUAAAUGUUUUCGUGAAGCAAAAUUUUUUACUGAAAUUUGGCGCAGUUGAAAAUAAGGAGAACAGAGUGUUAAUAAAUACAGACAGACCGCUAGUCUAAAUAAAUAGCUGAAUAC